UUAUCCGAUAUAACUGCUUAAAAACGUGAAAUUAAGGUCAUUCAGCGUCACGAAUAGAAUAUUGGCGUUAUAAAGCAUAUACAAAACACGGCAAAUGUUUUUAGUGAUUAUAGGAAACAUAAAAGCAACAGUAUAAAUUGAACCGAUGUGAGGCGUUUUGUUGCUCAAGGUUUCAAGUUGCCGUUGUUUUGUUUACCUUGAACUUCGACCUCUUAGGGGUGGGAGGGACGAGAAGUGUGUCACUGUACCCUGCAGAAAAACAUGGCGUUUGCCAGGUCUAUCCUCCGUGCCGUGGGGAACCUGAAGAAUCAGUACUUCAACGUGCACCGGCACCAGCUACUGAAGAAAGAAGCGGGCAAGAUUGCGGCCAUUUACAACGCAGAUGUACAAAAGCCACAGGUCCUGCUCUUUGAGUCGUACCAAAGCGCCCUCCGCCUGGACAUCCCCAGAUAUUCCUCCCUCAACACCGUCUUCUUCACUAGAGUCGGCCAGGAGGACUCCUUCGCCGCGUGUCGACAGAAGAAGAAGAAGAAAAGCAUCGGGAACGUGUCUGAGGAUGUGGGGCACGAAGUUUCGUUCUGCACCAGUGGCAAAUUUCUCUCCACUAACCUGAAGGACGGCAGUCCUUUAUGUGAGAUACAGGUGCCAGACCUGUACUAUGACUCAGGUGCAGACAACCCGUCCAUCCACACAGACCUGAUCCAGGACCACCUGGACAACUUCCUCCUCACCACAACUACCAUCAACGGGGAGGAGGAACCCUGUGUUCUCGCUCAGGUGGAAAUCGACAACUACACCCCUGAUGAGGUUUACGAGGUAGACUUGGAUGAUGAUUGGUCAGCCGUGGGCAACAGCGUAGCACGGCAUUACGACCAGUUCAUCUCAGUUCGCAAGAACAUGUUCCUUUUCUCCAGGGAAGAGCUGGUGCCCUGCGAGAGCCACCUAGUGACAUUCCGCGUGCACUGCAGCGGCCUGCACCCUCACGAGGAGCCCAUUGUCACAGGUGAUCUCAUCCCCCUGGGGAAGAGGGACCCUUUGCAGGGGCUGAGGAUGGAGCAUCAACAGGCUGAAGUUUGGCUGGGAUCCUGCUUCCUCCCCAAGAACAUGAACUUCACCUGGAGGAUGGCUGUGAUGAACACAGAGUCCAACACCAUCGUGCACGAAGAGGAGUUCGGUAGAUCUGGAAAUGCUGCUAACGACUUCUUCUCUGUCGGUUACAACGAUAAAGGCUGGAAAGGAGUCUAGCUUCGUGGUCGGUUUGCAGCUUUUAUAGAUUUUGCUACCAUUUGCCUCUUACAGUACUGUAAGUGUAACUAUGUAUGUGCUGAGAUUGAAAUUUUGUUAAGGUUUUCAAGUGUGGCUCCAUAUACAUGUACAAUGUAUUAGAUUCAUUGCCAAAUUGAUAUGUUCCAGGUUUUCAGUGGCAAAAUCUCCCCAAAGAUCUGUAAUUACGUUUUGUUGAUUUGUACUUCUCACAGGUGUGAUUUAAAAUGGCUUUGGCCUGAAGUCAUUGAUGACAUUGAGAUACCAGUACACUCAAGCCUGGCUAAAAAGAAUCUUAUGCAAAAAUACAUUAAAAAAUAAUCCUGUGUGCCUAUAAAAAUAAUGUGUGUAAGAAGCAACUGUGUAUAUCGUAAGUCUGUUGUAAUCAAGAGACGUCAAAAAUGAUCAACAGUCACUGUUUUUAUUUACCUUUCUGUUACAAAGACUUGUUGUAUCCAAGACUGUCGUACAAUACAAGUAAGCAUGUACAUAACAUGCCACAUUAAAACCUGUGCCGAACUCUACACAUCUAAGUUUCAGUCACUCGGCAGGACUAUCCUGGUAAUAGCAAUGUUCACUUACCACAAGGACUAUCAAACAACAGAUGCCUGUGUAUUCUGCACAGCAUUACAACAAGGGUACUAAAAAGUUAAACUGUAAAACUUAAAUGGUUUAUGGAUGCAAAACAACAGACAUCAAUACAGAUGACUGAUGUUACUCUACUACAAGUAUCUAUAAUAUCCCUCCCCAACUGAAUCUCAACACGAAGUAUCCUGAAUAUGUUUAAUACAAGCCUGGCUUUGGUUUGAAUCAUUUUUGUGGCCCCGGUCAAAAUGUCAUACAAAUACGUCCAGUUGCUUUGAAGUAGGAAGUUAGUAUACAACACCACUGGAUGAUGAAAAAGAGCAUGAAACAUUGUCUACAAAACUUACUGGUGACCACACAUGAUCUGACUAUAUACAGUGCUGACCAAAAAACACUGGAAGUAACAAAAAUGUACU